ACAGCGAGGUUCGUCCAAGACCCGUAGAGCCCUCCCGUGCUCCUGCCGUCCAAUCAGAAGCACCGGAGUGACCACCGUGCUCUAUAAGGAUUAACCGCCCGUCCAUCAUGCUGACACACGCCAGGAAAGAACUCAGCCUGGACGCCCAAGGAGGAGGAUCCUUGGACGCGUCCCGGCUGACGUUGCGGCCUGCCGCGCCGCUCGACCUGGUGGACGCGGGCACCCAGGUGGACCUCUCGGCCGACACGAUCGCCUACGACUCCGACGAUGACAUGAUGAAGCGCAAGAUCAGCGCGCUGCGCAGCCGCAAGGGCCACCCGAUCUACUCGCGCGAAGACAUCCGCGAACAGUACUGCAUCACGCGCAAGGAGAUCGCCGUACUCGACGACAAAGGCGCCACCACCCGCAGCCUGUUCGGGUGCCUGGCCGCGCAGGGAGCCGCCGGAGGAGGAGGCGGAAGUCCUUGCAACGCGGCGCUCUUCUCGUGCGUCCAGCGCGCCUCGAGUGACGAGAACAUUCCACCGCCACCUCCGCCGCCGACGACGCAGCAAGGCGGUGUCAAAGACGACGAUGACGACUUCGCGAGCUCGGGCUUCCGGCGGCGACCCAAGCCUUUCUGCCUGCAGGACCCGAAGCUGCGCUUCAGCAACCUCGACGCGGCCGACAGCGACUCGGUGCGCAUCGUGGUUCACUCCCGGUCCUUCUCGGCGCGGCCCAGGCUGCAGAGCUGCAACAGCUACGGCAGCACGAGCCAGGGCAGCCUGGCGAGCAGCAGCAACCUGAGCUACGCGUCGCGCUGCGCCUCUCGACCGUCCAACCUGAGCUUCCAGUACGAUGGGGUCACGCUGGGCCAGUGUCACAGCGUGGACGCCCUCAACGAUGCCUCCACGUGGAGGCGUCGUAGCGACGGCGGCGUCGCGGUGCCCGACGCGCUGCUCGACGACCGCCGGCCGAAGCAUGUGAGCUUCGACUCGAAUGCGCUCGUGCGCAGUAACACCGUCGCCGGCGGACUGGAGGACGUCGAGCUGAGCCUCGGGGGACCCGCCGCCACGUCCACGCCGCUGGGGCGCCGCGCCGUAUCAACGCCGGACGGUUCCCAAGAAAGGCUCUUGGACGCUCGUCACUACCAAGAUUCUUUCGAGAGAGCUUCGUUCGGUCGCCGACGGGCUCUGGUGAAGACGCAGGCCACGCAAACUGAAACCGUGUGCAGAACGAAGGCGUCGCUGCCCGCCUACCUCACUCUGUCGCCGCGGGCGGCGCGCGGAGCCAAGCACAAGGCAGCCCGGCGGCGCAAGGCCAAGGACGCCCGCCGGGCCGGCACGUCCGUGAGUGACGACAGCGAUGAAGACGUCAUGGAGGUCGACCUGGUGAGCAAGCAGCAGAGGUUGCUUCCGUCUCCAAAGACGCACAAGCAGGGAAAAGUCAAGCAGGAUUCUAUGAUGACCAACAAGUAUGAAGACGGCGGCUUCCAGGCGAAAAGUCCCCGCACCAAAGGCCAGAUGGAAGAACUCAGCAGGGCACUCUGUAAGAUUGACCUGCUGAGGGAAGCCAGGAGCGGUUCGAGGCUUGCUCCCGUCGGCCACGAAGACGCCGCGCUAAACAGUAGGCGAGAUAGCAAUUACCAUUCAGGACCGCGAGUGGAACACCAGUCGAAUGCCAAGCAAUACCCUUCCAAGGAAUCCCAUAGGAGAGAAGAAAAGCGAACCACUCACCCCGCGCAGCCUGAGGGACUCACGUCCCCGGAAAGCGAGUCGUCUAGCAGCCAGUUCACAGAGCGCGAAUCCUCGCGGAGCGAACGUUCCACCAGCAGUUCUGGACCUGCCGUGGCGGCCAAACUGCGAGAGGCAAACGCAGACGCCGGCCGGCAGGACACGACCAGCGAGAGCACCUCUGAAUACGUCACGGCCACCGAGCACUCUGCCAAAGCACGAGAGUCGACAGAAACGAGCAGCACCAGUCAGGCCCGUCGCGACGGCACUGACACGUCCUUCGAAACGGCGUCGUCGGCCAGCCUUUUCAGCUCACCUUCGUCGAGGAAUGGUGCACGUACAAAAACUCCUUCUCCCAAGGCCUCCUCGAGGGACGUGACACGCGAUCCGGACGAAGCGGCCAUGUCUUCCGAAGAGACGGAGAAAGGCCACAACGACUCUUCAGACGAAUCGACCAAAAAGGAAGAGCAGCUGCUCUCAUCGGAGUCCGGCGAGUAUUCGCUCGGGCGCGCCGAAGGAGUCGACGAUGAAGACGAAGACAGGACGGACAAGUCCGACGACGAGGAAGGUGCUUUAGAAAGAGACGCCGACAGUAGACCCGCAUCCCAAGCCGACGAGUUUUCCGAAUCCGCCGCGCCGCCCCGCCAGUCGCCCGAUUUGAUGCGCACGGCGUUCUUCGAUCAGGGAGGGCCGUGCUCGUCCCGAAACGACGAAGACACUGACGACAUGGAGCCCAUCAUGAUGCCCUUGAUGACGUUCCGCGACGUCCAGAACGCGAUCAGUCGCUCCGAAAUUCGACAAUACGACGAGCUGUCCACCGUGUCCGAGGUGUCCGAAGAGAACAGCAACUCUGACCAGCAAAUCACCGAGCGAUAUCAGCCACCGGUGCCAGAUGUUAUCAGCAAACCCGAGACACCUCCGCUGCCUCUGCCACCACCACCCACGGAGGAGCGGCAGCCAUCCGAAGGACGGGCCGCCCUCGAACAACGCCCACCUUCGGAAGGACGACCCCCACCCUUAGAGGAACCAGCAGCAGAAGAGCAAACGGAAUCACACGAGUGGCAGGCAGCGACAGAGAGCCUGACGCCGCAGUCUCCCGACCAGCCCAAAGAACCGUUCCAUUAUUCUUCCUCCGAGUACCUGGACUCGGAAGUGGCAACUCCGAGCUUCGACAGUGCCACGACUUCGUGCAGCUUCAACUUGGACCUGCCAUCGUCGGCUGCAGCGGAACUCUCGCUCGACACGACGAGCCACGCGUCCAACGUGUCGACGACCACGACCGACUCGGACAGUAAAAGCGUGGUGGUCGCCGAGAGUGAGUUAGUGCGCAAUGACGACACCGACGUGACGGACAGCUCGAUGUCGACGCAAAACACGACACGCCGGCGCCCACCGGAGGCGCCGAGGCAGCAGCCGGACGGCGGCGGCGCCAUCCCCAAGCUUCAGGGGGUCGUCGGCAGCAGCGGCAGCGUCGAGCAUCGACGCCGGCGUGAGCGCGCCUCUCGCGUCCGCUGGGAGAUGCUAGAAGCUGCGUGCUCCGCUCAGGUGGCGACUUCCGUCGAGGACCUCUGGAUGCGGCACCGGGAGCUUCAGGGGCGCCGUUCGCGCUCCCUCCCUCGUAGCCCCGAGAGCAGGGGCCGGGACUCGGUCGUGUGUAGCCAGUGCGGCGACAAAGUGCGCGAGCACCGCGUUCCCGGGCCCUACUCUUGGGAGCGGCCGCUGAGCAGAGGGUUCUGCCUGGACGGGCGCCGAUCGGCGCCGUGCCCGGAUUACGGCCAUGUGAGGAUGCCGGCGCCCUACCCUGCGGCCGACUUUUACGACGACGACGAUGACGAUGAGGACGCUGGUAUUCACUCGAGGAGUUAUAGGCAGACAAACUGGCUGUACAUUAACAGCGAACACGAAAUGCUGGCAUGGAGACAGCAUCUUAGGGGUAAUUCAGCGAGAAGAACUAGGAAAGAGAGUAGCAGCAGCAGCGUGCUGUCGGACUCCUCGCCUUCGUCCUCGUCCUCGUCCUCACCAGCGCAGAGCCGCUCGAGCUCGCCGGAAUCGACCGAGUCGGAGCGCGAGUUCCAACGCCAGUACGUGACCCUCACGCAUCGCAUGAUCCACCGGAAGGCGAGCCUCGAAAUGUACCGCCGGAUAGCACAUCGCUGCUUUGAGGCCACUAAGACCGUGCGGAUAGAGAAAAGCAACGGGGAGUUCGGAUUCCGAAUUCACGGGAGCCACCCGGUCGUAGUAUCGGCCAUCGAGAAAGGGACGCCUGCGCAGUCAUGCGGCUUGGAGGUGGGUGACAUCAUCAUCAGCAUAAACGGCAUCAGCGUGCUGGAGGCGAAUCAUUCCGAAGUAGUUCGGAUAGCUCACGCAGGCACCGAGGUGCUGGUGAUGGAGCUAGCGCGCACGUGCCACGUGCUCACGCCCAAGGUCAAGGAGCACCCGCCCAUCAUGUGGGGCUACCUGCAGCGGCUCAGCAGCGGGGGCCGCAGCAAGCGCUGGUGCCGGCGCUGGUUCGUGCUCAAGCCCGACAACCGCCUCUACUGGUACAAGAACGAGCGAGCCUACGACAUGGUGGGCGCCGUGAUGCUGGAGGCGGUGUCGGUGAGCCGCGUCGUCGAGGCCGGGGCCGAGCACGCGUUCAAGGUCGUCAAAUCGCCGGGGACCACAUCCAACUCCAACGCCAUCUACUUCGCGGCCGACGACGAAGAGGCUGCCGGAAGAUGGAUCAGUGCCUUGAACCAAGUCGCCUGCAUUGCAUCAAGGGGUACCUCGUACAUGGACACCGUGGUGAGCAACAUGCACUCGCCGUGCGGUUCCCUGCCAGACCCCGACUGUCAGGGCUACCUAUGCAAGCUCAGUCAGCAGUGGAAAUCUUGGAAGAAGAGGUUCCUCGUGCUCAAGGACGCCUGCCUCUACUUCUACAAGGAUCGGAAUGCUCCAGUCGCCGUGGGCGCGUUUCUUCUUCACGGUUAUCGCGUACAAAGCUGCUCUAUGACCGGCAAGAAGAACACGUUCGAGGCGAUACCCCCCGAACCUUUGAUGCGGCAUCUGCGAUUCCUGGCUGACACCGAGUACGAGAAGAAACGGUGGCUUGCUUCGAUGGAAUAUUCUAUCGACCGGUGGAUAAAAGUUUGAUGGUAGCUUAAACUAUAGCUGAAUUGUGCCAAAAGCAGCUCCAAGAUGGAUUUUACGCCAACAGUGACUCAGACAACUUGACGUGAGACGUGCACCGUGACCUCGACGGAGGAGGGCACAGAAGAACAAAGAGAAGACAAAGCGAGAGAGAGAGAGAAGAAAAAAAAACGGUCCGCGCAUAUCUAGAUUGCAGCGAUAUACCCCGGACAUUGUAUUCGUGCGAUUGUGUCUUCGAGUGGAUACACCUGCAGAAGACAUGCCAAACCCCGAAGAGAGAUAGCGCAGUUUGUUGUGUUGUGCGCAGUGUGCGACGUAAGUUGUGUUUGAGACGUCGUUCGAGCUAUAAGAGGACACUAAUAUACUUAGGAAUCUUGAAAUUGAGCGUUUCCUCGCGGAGCGCGCCCUCGUUAACAGUUGUGCGUUGUUGUCGUCUUCUCUUCUUCCGAGUGGCGUGUGCCUCCGUAUGAGGGUUUACAAACACGAACCCUCAACUGCACACGUAGCGAAAAAAAAAAGAAAAAAAAAACUCUCACGCGCUCAGACUAUGGCGUGACGUAGACUUUGAUGACCCCCCCCUCCUUUCAUUGUUUGUUUGUUGUUUUCGGAUGAACGAAUGAUCGCUACUUUAGCGCAUUUGAAGCCUUCGUGCGAGUGGCCAAAAAAAAUAGAUUCACCUCCCACAUUUAGUCGAGGAGAAAGCGGAAAGUGCAAGUCGGGUUUGAGCGUUUGCAUUGCCGUUUUGUGCAGACUGAAGUGACAUAUAGAAACGGGAAAGCAAUUUGCGCAAUAAUACUUAAUGGAGAUGGUUAGCAGAAACAUCACUCACUUAUACACAUGUAUGUCUCUAUUUUCAACACCUGUAAAAGAAAGUGAGAGUAGGCGUGUAGGUCAGAUCGCAUAAAUGACACGAAGAUAGAGCGACCAAACCAUCGCUAAGACACUCAAAAGCGCACCAGAAAGCAGCCAUCCACAUGACGCGAGAAUAUAUUAGAUCUUUGAAGAGUUUCUUGCUGUUUUAUUUAUUCUACUACCACCUAAAUAAUUGUCUCAUCUUCCUUUUUCGUUUGGUUACCGGUGUUCUGUUGAAUACAUUGUUGUUUUUUCUCAUUGGCUUAGUUGCGCUUGUGGUGGUGUCUUACUUGCUGUAUUACACCAUUUAACUAAUGUGGAGGUGGACAAGAGUACAUCACGUGUCCGAAAUCGCGUUUUAUUGGCGCAACAACGCGGAUACAAAAACAAAUCAAACUAGCACAAAAGACAUGAACAAGCUACUUAUACUACUGCGAUGGACUUCUUAACUGCGGCGCAGCUUCUGUUUUGUCAGCUUGGCUGGCUUUUUUUUUUCUUUUACUUUAAAUGGCAGCCCUAUAGAAACAAAAACUGCAAAAAUAACUCCACCAUGGUUCAGCUCCUGCCAUCGCCCGUCUACAACCGUAAUUCAUUUAGGCUUACGAUGCAGCGUUUUGUCAACUCACUCCAGCGAGUACCCUACAUCUUUCAAGGGUAUAUCACACGCCAAUAGUCUGGCAGACGCAAAAUCUCCUCGCCGUGCCCUGCUAAGCCUCUUAUUGAGUGCAGGGGUUCCAACAUCAAUGCCAGGAGUGCUGCCGGGUUACGAAGAUGUUAUUGCAGGGCUCACUACGCCUCUAUAGGGAGUCGCACAUUGACACGGCAUGCGUCUUUAUGACACGGCAUGCAAAAAAAAAAGAUUUUUGCAGAGAUCAGCCUGGUGAACAAUCAGUCGAAAUCCAAGCAUUUCUCGAGUUACAAACAGAGUGACGUGAAUGGUCUAAUUGUAAACCAGAGAAACUCGAAGGCGCGCGCUAAGCGUAUGUGAUAACAGCCUUGCGCAAGCCGCGCUUAGCCAUCACCAAUGGCUUCCCAGCUGCACUCUAUAAUUACGCCGUGUUGCACUAUCGUGAAAGCCAAGCACGCCAUCGUGUCAAAGAAAGCCAACACUUGUAGUCAAAAUACAAAAUGAACCUUAAACGAACAACGCUUAUAGAGUGCCAAAGGAAAACGACGAACUCUUGAACAUGCCGCUAUGAGCACCUGCACUACACCUACGCGCAGGCAUGACCUAAAGUUAGGCGCACUGCACAGAACAAGGCAGUGAACUUUCGAAAUCCAGUAUAUGUAGAUUAGGUGAUUUACCUCUAGGAGUACAAUUACGCCGAAGUAUUUUUACGUGCAGGAAGAGUCGUGCAGUGCUAAUGAGACGUACCAGAACACAAUCAUUGAAGUAUCUGAAAAUAUUAGGUUUAGAAUUUUCGUUACCGAGAUCGCGCAGAGGAAUUCGAGCACCUGUUAAAUGAAUCGACGAAAAUUCCACUGCGCCAUCGCGGUAUGUUCCGUAACUGCAUGCCUUGUGCGUGAACAGUCGAACCCAAUUUUCUUUUGUCCGCGCGCGUGUGGACUUCGUCGUCGAAACGUAAGAUUUGGCCACGUUAAACGCAGGCUUCAACCGCGCUCGAGUUGCGAGUUUAAACGCUCCCUGCAUGAAUGAGUGAAAACGGCCAACUCAGAUAUACUCUAUUAUUAACAACCAAGGUCCGCUGUACAAGACAUAAUUAUAUACUUAUAGAAGAACUUCCAAGUCACAAUUUCUUAUUAAUUUCAUAAGUAACAAACCAUUUUCCGAUACAAAAGUUGUUUGAAUAAACGACAUAGAGAAA